UAGUCCAUAUCCAUGCAAUUGCCAUGGCUGGGAAGCAUAUCAUCAACCAUCUCCAGGCUGCAACUCCUUCUCCUUCCCUCUGCUUCUCUUCCUUCUCUACCUUCAGGAGGAGAUUGCAUGAAUCAGCUUACGAAAAGCAAGUAGACUAUGAGGUUCGGGUUCCUCCUCGUGUCGAAGAUCAACAAUACUGGGAGCCUGAUCCAGAGACGGGAGUGUUCGUACCACAUGACGAACUGAAGUCGGAGGAGGCUGCGGUGACGUGUACGACGGAAGAAACGGUGCUGGAUGAGAAGGCGUUUUUCCGUCCAGUGGAGGAUUUGGAAGCACCUGCAGCCGAAUCAUUCACAGGGGAGAUACCUCCUGUUGAUCCUUUCGCUGAAGAAGAAUGAGUUCCCUUUCUAUCCGAUCUGUUUAAAUCUUGAUUUUCUCCAGGAAUAAUCUGCAAAGUUAAUUGGGAAUAAAAACAUGUGUUUUCCUUUUUUGUAAGAAAAGAGCGUCAUAUUUCGGUCUAAGGCUUUAAUCAUAAAACCAUGUGCUGUGGCUU